AUGCAGACGAGAUCUUCGUCCUCUGCCUCGGCUGAACUGGUUCCUCCCGGAUUCCAGUUUCCGGCAAGCCACCGUCGCGAAGCUCAGCUACAGAUCGUGGACCCCAAUUGGUUUCGCGGCAAGCUUCCGCCGGGUUGGUCCGUCGUGAAUAAGUCCCGAUCAUUGUCUCCUACCAGCAACGGCAAAUCUGUUCAAAGACACUUGACUGGGGAAGUAGGUGACAGACGCUUGACUCGAGCAGUAGCCUUCUUCAAUGAUAAGACAAGGAAUCAUCGCAGUGUCGAAUAUGCCUCCAAGAGUUUCCGUUUGCCUAAAGGAUGGAAUGUUGAGGAGUAUCCGAGGAAAAACUCUUAUCAUGUUGAUAAGUAUUAUGUUGAGAGAAGAACAGGAAACCAUACCGAUCAACAGCCGCUUAUGCUUUUACAGUAUCACCGUGUCAACUCCAAAGAUUUCCAUUUACCUGAUGGAUGGAUCGUUGAGAAGAAACCUCGGAGAAAUUCCAACUUACAUUGGCCAGGAACGGGGAAUAAUUUCGGCUCCAUGGCUGCUGUUGAGAGAUACUUGAAAGCAACCGGGAACAGUACACUAGACUCUGUUUCCAUGGGGCGUUCGGAGCGGCUUUCUCUUACCGGAUUUCAGACCGAGGUUAUUGACCAAAACCCACCAGAGAGAGUGAAGUGGGUCCUUACCAGUCCAGACGGAAAUAUGUUUUCUGCCAACAUGAGCGGAUCAGAUGUCUCCAGCUCGGUUAAACAGAAAUGGUCCGAGGCGUUUGUGCCAGGACCGCUCUUAACCAAAAUCUGA